AUGACACCAGCGUAUCUAAUCUUUGGUCGUGAACUCAGCCUACAGACAGACGCCACAGCCCUAGUCGCACCCGCAGAAGUAGUAUCAACACCACAGUUUACUCAACAACUACGUCAAAAGCUGCACACUGCCUACGAGUCGGACAAUAGUGUAGACCCACCCGCACACCUGCGACAGAAACAACAAUACGAUCGGAGUUUGAACGGACCGUCAUAUGCCAAAGGGGAUAAGGUUUGGCUGAACCGACCCAAGCCCCCGGUGGGCGCCUGUGCAAAGUUUCAUCGCCCAUGGCAGGGGCCGUACGAGAUUGUAUUCAUACGCUCCCCAAUGGUAUACGUCAUCCGAGACAUAUCUUCCGCCACCGAUGAUGUGUUAACGGUGCACAACAACCAACCGAAGCCUGCCGGCCGCCCACAACUUUCCGAAUCACCGCAGUUCGUACCUCCAGGAUGCGUCCCAAUGGUAGAACGGACAGAGAAAGUACCCCAGGGGGUGGGGCAGGUGAACUAUGUAAAAACGAGCAGUAAAUACAGUGCUUUUGCGAAGAGGGGAUAG